GAUACUUGUUCAUUUUACUCUGAGAAUUAUCCUCCACGUUGGGCUAUACAUAUCAAAUUCGUACUUACAAACUUUUCCGAAUGAGUGGGUUUGUAAGACAGGGCGUUGUUCGUGAUGAAAAUGGUAAUUUAAUAAUCCCUCCAACCCAACGACCCGAUGGUACAUGGAGAAAAGCUGUCCGUGUUAAAGAGGGAUAUGUUCCUCAAGAAGAAGUUCCGCUUUACCGAUCUGCUGGUGUACAAAUCCUUGAGAAGAAAUCUCAGUUUGUGAUCCCAGGUUUGACAAAAGAGGAUGCGGAAAAUCUAAAGCUAGAACGAUUAAAACAAUCACAAUCUGAUACAACAACAACAACAACAACAAAUUCAAUCCCUAAAAAGAAAAAGUCCAAGAAAGCGAAAUGCAAACAAACUAAUGUCCAACCUCCAGAAACAGCAGUACAAACAGAACUCAAUUCAACAAAACUUACAGGACGUAAUAGUACUUCACCACAUAAAAUUGAUAAGGCAAACACAGAAAUUUCAAAUGAUUCAACUAUAAAUACCACUGACAAUAUUGAUCGACAGCUUAGACGUGAACAAAAACGACUGCUUCAAAUAGAAGAGAUAGAAAAAAAGAAACAGGCUGGUGAGAAUUUGAACAAAGAUCAAUUGGCAAAGUUAAAUAACAAAGAAGUUGUUGAGCAACUAAUUAAACAAUUGAAAUUACUCAAAACUAACUGAUCUUGAACAAUAGAAUUAAUCCCUGUCCUGUUGUACCAUUACUUCGCUCCGAUUCCAACGUUGUCCCAAAUAUUUGUAAAUUGAAAAUUACAAAGCCGAAUUAUAGAAAGAUUAAUAAUAAACUGCUUUAUUAUUGCAUAAUUGAUACGCCAUCAAUAAUGAUGUCCUCUUAUUUAAUAAUACUGAAUAGAACAAAUGGUUAUGAUGUACUGGUAAUGAUAUGUUCGAUGUAGAUCUAUUUGUAUUUAUUUUUUUCCACCAGUAUUUUAUAAACAUCAAUUGCCAUCUGGAAGAUAUGAUACUCUUGAUAUGUUUUACUAUAAAUUUAUAUAAUCAAAGUAAUAUAUAUGUAUAAAUUAUCA